CCUUGUUAUGUGAUGCAGGGGAAGGGAGCAGACUGUGGGUGCAGGGAAUGAGUGGCUGCUCUCUGAUGUUACAGGAAGCUAAAUAAGAACUAAAGGUAAAGUCAAGUAGCAGGGGACCCUCAAGGAAAACCGAAUUUACAUCUUUAACUCCCAAAAAUAAACCUAUUUGCUGCAGCUCCCUGUGCUGAACCAUGAAUUUCCUCCGCAGACGCCUUUCAGAUAGCAGCUUUGUGGCUAACCUACCCAAUGGCUACAUGAUGGACCUUCAAAGGCCAGACAACUCCACAAGCUCCCCGGUUUCACCAGCCUUGGAAAGAAAGCAACAGCAGCCGCCGCCAGUUCCAGCAUCUGCACCCUCCACAGGGUCUAGUCUCUUCAGUUCCAUCACCAAUGCAGUCAAGCAGACCACCCAAGCAGCGGCGGGACUAGUUGAACAGACAGGUCCUCCAGCGCUUCCUGUGGUACUAAAGCCCAAGAUACUUCUAGUGAUUGAUGAUGCACACACAGACUGGACCAAGUAUUUCAAAGGGAAGAAGGUGAACAAGGACUAUGAAAUUCGGGUGGAGCAGGCGGAGUUCUCUGAGCUGAAUCUGGCAUCUUAUGUGAAUGGAGGCUGCAUGGUGGAUAUGCAGGUGAUGCGAAAUGGUACCAAGGUUGUCAGAUCAUUCAAGCCUGACUUUGUCCUGAUCCGGCAGCAUGCAUACAGUAUGACCCUUGGGGAGGAUUUCCGGAGCCUAAUCAUGGGGUUGCAGUAUGGAGGCGUUCCCAGCACCAACUCCCUUUACUCCAUCUACAAUUUCUGUAGCAAGCCUUGGGUGUUUUCACAGCUCAUAAAGAUUUUUCAGCGGCUGGGUGCUGACAAGUUCCCUUUGGUGGAUCAGUCCUUCUUCCCUAACCACAAGCAGAUGCUGACAACACCAAACUUUCCAGUGGUGGUCAAGAUGGGGCAUGCUCAUGCAGGAAUGGGCAAGGUGAAAGUUGAUAAUCAAUAUGAUUUUCAAGAUAUUGCAAGUGUUGUGGCCAUGGCGAAAACCUAUGUAACUACUGAGCCCUUCAUAGAUUCCAAGUACGAUAUCCGGAUUCAGAAAAUUGGAAACAACUAUAAAGCGUACAUGAGAACAUCUAUUUCCGGGAAUUGGAAAGCAAACACUGGUUCUGCCAUGUUGGAACAGAUUGCCAUGACUGACCGAUAUCGCCUAUGGGCAGACUCCUGUGCCGAGAUGUUUGGAGGGUUGGAUAUUUGUGCCGUGAAAGCCGUCCACAGCAAAGAUGGAAAGGACUUCAUAAUUGAGGUGAUGGACAGUUCCAUGCCACUGAUUGGAGAACAUGUGGAAGAGGAUCGGCAGCUUGUGGCAGACCUUGUGAUUGCUAAAAUGACUCAGCAUGCUCAGAUGAAAUCUCCAACACCCACACCUCCCAGACCCAUGCCCCAACAGAUGCAACCACAGGCAGUUAAACCACAGAUGCAACCACAACCUGGACCACAAGGAGGUGGUGGACCUCCUUCUCAGCCACGUCCUCCACCGCAAGGAGGUCCGCAUCCAGCCCAGAGUUCCACACCUGCCAGGCCAGCUCCUGUACAGCAGAGGUUGUCUCCACAGGGCCAGCAACCACAAACUUCACAGCCCAGCCCUCCCCAGACUCAGAGGUCUCCAAACUCUCCUCAACUACCACGGCCAGCAGGUGGGACUUCCCCAAAUCAGACCCCAAAGCCUGCCUCACCACAGCAGUCAAGACCUCAAGCUCCUGGACAGGCACAGUCUCAACAGGGCCAAGGAACAACUGCUAAACCACAAGCGUCACCUCACCCUCAUCUCAACAAAUCCCAGUCUCUGACCAACAAUUUCAACAUCUCAGAUCCCUCCCAGCGCUCUGGUGGAAAUGAAGAUGAGGCAAAAGCCGAGACCAUUCGUAACUUGAGAAAAUCCUUUGCCAGUCUCUUCUCUGACUAAUGCCAGGUUCAGCUAUCUGUUGGCUUCAGAGAUGGAAUAAUCUUCCAGACAACUUGUAUUAAUGCCACCUCUUCCUACAGUGACCACAGAUGAUCCUGAUAUUCUCCUUUAGCACUUCAGGAUCAUACAGAAACAAAUCAUGCUCCACCAAAGCCUGAAUACUUAGUGAAAAGAGUUCACUUUUCAGAAAAUAAGAGCUUAUGGUCAACCCUCCUUCUGCAAAAUACAAAUUAAAACCACAGGUCAGGUAUUAUUAUUUUGGAUCUAGAUCCAAUUCAAAGAUAGGUAGUCUAUAUGACCAGCAAGGUUUCAGUUUAUUGGAGAAUGACCAUUUACAUUCUUGAGCUUUGUCCUUCAAACAUGGUAGGUUAACCAUGCUCUACUUUUAUAUAUUUGAGUCAACUCAGAGCUUUUAAAAUGUAUCAGGCAUUCAGAGUCUGUUGUUUAUUAAACCAAACAAUGUGUCCCGAGUCAACAAUGUACCAAUGUAUGAGCCAGAAAUAGCAGUGCUCAAGUCUGGUUAUCAGAAAGUCACAAUAAUGUAGAUCUCCAGGAAUACUAUUGGCACCAGACCACUUCAUCUGAUUAAAGUAGUCUGCGUACAGUUUCCCUGUUCGCUUAACCCUGCAAUCUAAAGCAUUGCUGCUACAGAGAAACUUCAAUGUUUACAUUGCAGCGUUAAGACUGCAUCUAGUGGCUGUCUACCAGUUUCAUGAAGUUGACUCCGUGAAACGGUAAUGACGUGCUCACGCUUUGCAUGAGGAUAUCCAGUGUGAUGAGAAACCAUUGCGUCAAUAUGUUUCUAUGGGGAAGGCCUAAUAUGCAUGGCACUUGCCACACAUGUGCAUUAGGUUCCCACAUUGACGUGACAUCAGAGGAGGAGGGGGAAAUCAGCGCUAGAAUCAGGUAAGUGUUUAACCGUUUACAUGGGGGCAGAGGGACACUCUAGUGUUAUGAAUACAGCUUUGUAUUCUUACUACUAUAGAGUUUCUUUACUGCUUGAAUUUUCUUAUUAUUACAGUCCAAUAAAAUAAUGGAUUCAUUGAUUGUCCUGCAAGAGAUCAAACAUAAAUUACCCCAAAUUAUGGAGCCUUGGAGAGUCAAGCUAGUCUUCAAAGGACAGGACCAACUUUAGUUUUUAAAGGGAAGCUUUGAUGAAAAUAUUGCUUUGGAGAGUUAAAGACAUGGUAGCAUUGUGUACUGUGGUGAAAAGUAUAUGUUCAGCUGCUUUCAUUCAUAAUGCAAACUUAUCAGGUUAAUAUUGGUACAUGAGCGGCUUGGUAUCUAUUUGUACUUAUAUGUAUCUUUUGUCCAAAAUACCACAGUAACAAGAUGAAGGAUGUAUGUGUGCAUAUAAAAUGCAAAACAUUUAGAAAAAUCAUUAAGAAGGCAUUGGAAUUAUGCAAAAUGUUGAUACUAGGUUCCCUUAAAGAAAAAGUAUACAUGAAAUUCUCAAGAGUAUUCAUGUACUGUUUGAGUUUAAAAACACAAAUCUGCUUUGCUGCAAAAAUUUAUUUCAGACUCAUAACCUGGAGCUGUAUUAGAUUCACUAAAGGUUAAU